AUGCCGCAGCGCGCGCCCUUAAUGCGACCCCUCGUGGUGCUGGCCCUGCCCGGGAUGUAUUUGCUAUACAAGUACAACCAGUACCGCCAGCAGCAGAUGGAGACUGCGAGGCGACGGGUCACCGAGCGAGAGCUGAUGCACCUUAACACGAAAAUCCGGGAGAACAUUUUAAUUGAUAGUUUCCAGGGGAACGAUAGAGGUAGGGAUAGAUAUGUUAGACUUGUACUAGCGCCAUUUCGUCAAUUGCGUUGUGAGGAGGAAGAUAAACCGCAGGAGAAGACAGAGAAAACGGGCGCUAAGACGUCGGCACCGAUGGCUCUCCCACCACCAGAGCGCAAGGUCCUUCCUCUACCAGCUCCGCGCCCGGGAGUUCAGGUGGCCGUACUGGGGGCGGAGACACCGGUGGGCCAGUACCUGGCGUUCCUGCUGAAACAGUGCCAGAGCAUUAAGAAAUUGCGCCUGUACGCGGCGAAGGCCACGGACCCGCUCUGCAACCGCGACCUCUGCCAAGUGGUGCAGGACUUGCAUCAUAUCGACACCAAUUGUUUCGUGCAGGCUUACAGUUGCGCGUGCAACGAGCUGGGAAGAAGCUUACAGAACUCGGACGUAGUGGUAAUGCUGGACGACGCGUGCGCGGAGGAUCCUAUGGAGAAGCGGUUCAACGAACAGGCACCCUUGGUGAAGAGGUACGCGGACGCUAUUGCGAACGAGUGUCCCAAGGCCUUCAUCGUUGUGUGCACGACGCCCGUCGACUGCAUGGUGCCCUUGGCCGCUCAGGCUUUAAAAGACAUGGGCUGGUACAACCCGCAGAAGAUAUUAGGUUCGUUGGCUGUUCCCGAGAUGCGGGCUAGCACUUUAGCGGCUAGGGCGCUCUGCCUAGACCCGAGCUACACGAAGAUCCCAUGCGUUGGUGGCACCGAAGGAGCGUCCCUAGUGCCACUGUUCUCGAAAGCCGUCGAGUACUUCGAUUUCACAAGGCAAAACUCUAGGAUGUUGACGGAGACCGUCAGAGCGGCCGCCGCUGCCAUGGCCAGAGGCGACGGCGUCUGCGUCAAGGCGGCCGAACUAAGCGAGGCGCAUGCCAUUGCCGGACUUGUGAUGAAGAUCUCCAACGCACUUCUCUGCAAGGACAUCCCCAGAGUCACUGGUUUCGUACAAACGAACCAAAGUCAGGUUGUAUGCUCCUCGAGAUUCCUGGCCAACGUGGUGGAGAUCAACGGCACGGGGAUCUCGAGGAACUUUUCGCUGCCGAAAAUGUCGGACACCGAGACGGACCUGCUGUACGUAGCGCUCUCGGAUCUCUGCUACAAACACGGCCUGGUGGCAGACUGGUACUGCAAGUACUGCAGCUUUUCGUGUGGACUCAACGCCACGCAGGUCAACUUCUUCAUUCCGAAGCACUACGAGAGAUUCGACGACUGCGCAUACGCCAAUAUG